AUGGAUCGUAUUAUUUCGGGAUUCUUCUUAGAUGAUCAACGUUACGGACCGGGUAUUCUAAUCACACAUUCAUUAAAAUCAUCAUCGAAUCCCUAUGAAAUUGAUGUUGGUUAUUGGAAAAAUGAUCGAUUAAUUCGGUUGAGAAAAUCUGUACUGAAUAGAAAUAAAAAUCGAAAUCAAGAAUUUCAUUUUUCUAAACAAUUUCCACAAUAUAAUUUUUAUAAAUUAGUUAAUUUAAACCUCAUGUUUAAACAUGUUCAAUAUCAGAAAUCAAUUAAAAAGGAUAGUGAAUUAUCAUUAUUAACAUUGAACAAUGAACAAGGUUAUUAUCAAUAUUCCAAUGAGAAGAAGAAUGAGUUCAAUGACUAUUUCAUGAUGAAUUCAACUGAUUUAUUUUUUCAAAUUAUACAAAAUAUAUUAAAACAAAGUAACUUGCCAAAAUCAUUUCAAGUAUGGAAUGUAAAAAGUCCAUUAUUUGAAAAAUUUAUUGCAGAUCAAAGUUUUAAACAAUUACUACGUUGUAUACCGUCAACACUUAUACAAUCAUCGAAUUUAAAGUUGAAUAAUUUAAAACAAGGAACAGAAAUUAUUGAACAUAUGCAAAAUGUUGAGUUAAAUGUAGCGGAACUGAAAAGCGAUGUGUUUAAACAACAACAAUUUGAAAAUGUUUCUAAACAAAAUUUUUUAUUUGAUUCACAAUUUAAACAAAAUCAAACGGUUUGUUUAGUUGAAAUGAAAACCUACAUAUCACAAAUUGCAUAUUUACAAGAAUAUCUACAUAAAUCAUGUCAACAAACUUUGAAUUGGUUCAAUUUGUUUAAAUUAUCAAUCGAUGAAGAAGAACAUAGACUUGACCUUGAAAACAGUAUUCAAUAUGAAUAUUGUACAAAUAUUGAACAAGUGUUCAUGAAUGAAUGGUCGACCAUAUGGAAUAAACUAUCAAAAAAGUCAAUUAGGAAAUCGAAUAAACAAAAAUUAAAACAUCAUGGCGGCGACGAUGCUGUCAAUGGUCAAUUUGAAUCAACCGGUAAACAUGAAACAUUGGCAAUACAAUUUAUUCAAUAUUGUUUUAAUGGAUUAUUUGAAAAAGUUAGAAAUUUGUUACAAACUAAAAAUCAAGCGGAUGAUAUCAAUCAAAUUUGUAUUGAUCCAAAUGUUACAGAUAGUCAUGGACAAUUUGGGCUGUUAGGUGCAGUGUUAACAUGGAAUAUGAAACUAGUCAAUUUAUUAUUAGAUUUCGGCGCCAAUAUUAAUCAAUUGACAGAUGAUGGUUUAACAGUAUUUACAAUUUGCCUAUUAAAAUAUUAUGAAUUAUUUCAAAAAUUAGCCAAUUUUAAAAAUGAUUCACACAAUGGUGAUGAUGACGACGACGAAGUGAGACAAAAUAAUACCGACAAUGAUAAGCAUGAAUCCAAUCCGCAUAUUUUAUCGAUUUUAGCGAAAAAAUCCACACCGAUCAAUAAUAAUAACAGUGAGGAAAAUGUUGGCGAGAAUACUGCAUCAUUGGAUAAUUUGGAUAGAAAUUUUAUUUACCGUGUUGAAUUACCGAUAUUAUUGUCAACAACAUCGUCAGAGAGUAUUGUACAGCUACGACGUGCUGCAAGAUUAUCACAAAUACGUCGAAUGCAUUUGAAUAAAAUUAGAGAAAAUCAUUUAAUUCUAUCAAAAUCAAACGACACUAGAAGAUCUUCAAGGAAUUUAAAACCUUUGCAACAGCAACUACAACAACAGGAACAAUCACCUGAUGUAAAAAAUGAUUCAGCUUCAACAAAUCAAUCGAUUUUACCAACUUUUCAACGUUUCACGAAUUGUUUAACACGUUUCAAUACUAUGAUGGAUUUGAAAGGCAAUGUAUUCAAUCAAAGUGUUUCAUUGAAAUCCAUGUACGAUCAGAAUCGUAAACGAAGACCGAAAUCUAACUCAAUAGAUCGAAGAAAUAAAAAGGCAAUGAUUGAUGAUUUUUCAAAAAUUUCUUUAUUCAAUCAACCAUAUCGAGUGAAAUCGCCAUCAUUAAAACGAUCAGUUGCACAAGAACUAUCAAAGAAUCCUUACUUUUUAACUUCUCAUCAUUCAAAUGACAAUGAAAAUCAUGAUAGUUUAUUUGACGAAUUGAAACAAACCACUGAUGACAGUUCAAUUUCCAAUAGUUCAUUAGAUCAACAAGCGUUACUUUUAGCAAAACAAACACAAAUGAUGAAUGUCAUUGAUUUAUUACUGAAACGUGGUGCCAAUCCCAAUACUGGUAUACGACCAUUACCAGCAUUAUUUUUAGCUGUCCAAGCUGGUGAUCCUGAAAUGGUUCGUAAAUUAAUUCAAUCUGGUGCUGAUGCAAAUAUUUGUUUACGUGUUGAUACUUUGUCAAAAUCUUCAAAUGAUUCAGCAUUGAAUAAAAUUUAUAUCAGUGAAGAUGAACCACCGCUGAUGCCAAGUUUAGAUGGUCUAACAGUAUUACACUAUGCUGUACUAGUUCCAAAUGAAAUGGGUAUACAAUUAACCGAAAUUCUACUGGAGGAUGGUCAUGCGAAUCCAAAUCAACAGGCUACAUUAGAUGAUAGUUUUAAAUUGAAAAAUCAGUUUGAUAUAACAACUGGUACUACUACUACUACUACUACUACUACUAGUGUAAUGUCGGAAAAUUCAAAUGAGUUGAAUGCGGACAAAAUAACAACUGCAGAAGAAAAUCCAAAAAAUGGUGAAGGUCGAACACCGUUACAUUUAGUUUGUUCACGUGAAUAUGACCAACUGAAUUCCGCUACCAUUGCUAAAUACUUAUUAAAGUAUAAUGCAAAUCCAAAUUUAUUGUGUAAUGGUCAUUCUGCACUGAGUGUUGCCAUAGCAACUGGGAAUGAUCCUUGUAUCAAUGUGUUGAUCAAUCAUCAAAGUACAAAUAUUAAUCAACAAUUAGGUGAUGGUUUAGGUUCAGCCCUAUGUGUUGCAUGUUCAAGUUUAUUUGAAUUUAGGCGGUCAAUUGAAUCACGUUUAGAAUUAAUUAAACGUUUAAUUCAUAAAGGUGGCAUAGAUUGUUUUAAACCGCUUGUUUUAUCAAAAUCUAAAGGAAUUUACGGGAAUGUCAUCGAUUUCACUUAUAUGGAUUACGCAAAAGAUACACGUAUCGCGAAAACACCCUAUCAUGCUUUAAAUGAAAUGGAAAAAGAAACUUUCAAUGGACAAAAUAUUAUUCCUAAUGAUUGCGUUGAUGGUGACCGUGAUAAGAAUGUUGAACAAGACAAAGUUGAUGGUAAUGAGUUAUUACAAAAACGUAGUUAUCCUGUGAAACCUUCCUCUCCUUCCACUAAGACAUCUCGGUCAGGAUCACCGAUUUAUUUGAAGAAAAACAGUGUCGUAUCAUAUUCAUUUUGUUAUGAGUGUGGACGUUCAGUUGGUGUACGUUUAACCAUUUGUUCACGAUGUCAUCGUGUGUAUUUUUGUUCUAAAGUUUGUAAAUUAAAAUCAUGGACAAUGAGACAUAAAAAUGAAUGUUAUUUAACACCAGGUGAAUGA